AUGUUCACAAAAGACGCGAGCAGCACUCCCGCUUUCGCCGCACUUGACAUCGACUCGCUCUCUUUCACCGACAAGCCACGUGUCCUCCACGUGUUCGCCACGAUCCUCAACCGCAUCGUCGCCAGCAACGAAUCCAUCUCCACCGCGAAUCUCGCCCCUGACAGCGCCGGAAACUGCGGCGUGAACUGCGUCGAGGACCACGCGUCGCAGCUGACCGUUUUCGACGGACUACGAGCUCCUGGGAUCAGCAUUGACAAGUAUUUCGACCGAAUCUUUAAAUACGCCCGGUGCAGCCCGUCGUGCUACGUGAUGGCCUACAUUUUCAUCGAUCGGAUCAUGCAACGGAAGGACGCCAUGCUUAUAACGACGCUCAACGUCCAUCGGCUGCUCAUAACGAGUAUUCUUGUAGCGGUCAAGUUCAUGGACGACGCGUACUACAAUAACGCGUACUACGCGAAAGUCGGGGGGAUCUCGAUAGAGGAGAUGAACCGCUUAGAGCUGGAGUUUCUGUUCCGGCUCAACUUUCAGCUGAAUGUAACUGAAACGGAGUUCUCCUCGUACUGUAACGUGCUGCAUGAGCAGCUGCUCGCGGAGGAAUCUUCUUCGGAGGGAGAUGAAACGUCGUUCUCGCGGUCGUACGGUUUCUUCUUGCCUCAGCUCCUGGCGAACUCGGGAAAUGAGGCUGUUGAUUUUGUGGAGGGCCGCGAAGGCUCGGACGCGUGUGCCGUUGGCUCGGGCACAAGCGGCGAGUGGCUGCAGUUUGAGGCCCCGCGCGCGGGCUCGCCGCAGGCGGAGGUUCGGUAG